AUGACGGAAUCUCACGAUAGUCAGACUGGCAGCGGCAACAACAGUCGCAGUGUCGCCACAAUGGACGCCGUCGCGAAACCUUCUCACAGCGCUAGGCGGCACAAACCCUCCGCCUCCCUGGGCUCCUUAUACGAAGUCCUCGCCGACCUCGACGACAACCAACUCCAGUACCUCAUCCAGGAGAUGAACCACACUGGUCACCAAAACGUUCCCGUGUCCCAGGCCGUCUCCACCUUCGAGGCUUUGAAAUCAACCUCCUCCGCUGAGCCCUUUGCCGUCUCCGAGACGGGCUACAACGCGCCCGCGCCCGACUCGCCGGCUCGGGAGCCGCUUCCUCAUCUAUCAAAGUCGCGUCGGGGAAGGCUGUCACUUCAGACAGCCUUUCAGAGGGCUCCGUCCUUGAGACAGAGGCAUCGUCAGCAGCAGCAGCAGCCAAGUUUGGACAGCCCCAGAGAUGACUACUACCUCAACCGCAGCAGCACCUUUUCUCAGGGGGCCGAGCCAGCUCAGAGUCACCGGCCCGCCAAGGGGUACGGUGAACUGCUCUCAAGUCCCGUCAGCAGCUGCUCCUCGCCCGCCGGCGGCCCUGUUGUCAUGAGCGGGCUGCCCGAACCGGCGAAGGUUACGCAGUCCCCGCGGUACGACGAAACCGCUGUACCUCAAUCCGGCAGCCAACCACUUCCAUCACCACCACCAUCAGCAUCACAUCUUCAUCAUCCACUACCACCGCCACCGCCAUCGCAGCCGCAACUUCAACCCCGCCGGCCGUCCACCAACGGAGCCCGAAUGGGACCACCCGCUUACCACCGAAUCUCUCGGCCAGAUUUCAACCUUCCCGAUGGUGUCACGGUCACCGACCUUCUCCACCUCCUCGAGAUUGAGUACAUGUCCUCCGAUAGGCAGCCGUCCUCUUCCUCGCGCAGGUCUUCCUCCUCCUCUACUUCAUCUUCCGUCUCCCGGCCUUCCUUUUCUUCGCCCUCACCAUCGUCACCCGCAUUGGCCACUCGCCUCUUUCCCCCACCAUCGAGAUCAUUCUCUCAGACACCGAACCUGCAUGGGCGCUCACCUUUGCGGAGGUCCUCUUCAAGGCUAGAUCUUGCCCUCGGCGCAGAGCGAUCGGCUUCCGGAGCCGCCGAAAUCGGAAUGGGAAUGCUGGAACCACGUCAGAUGAGGUCAGUGUCGCUCGGUUUCCCGGGCGGCGGCAUGGCCACAUCCAUGUCAAUGGACUCGUUGAGCCGGAGUCUCAAGGGCGAGUCACGCCCUCCCGCGCCAGCGCCAGUCUUCGAAGGAAUUUUUGACGUUUUGGAGAACCAGUAG